AUGAAAUUUGAGGAUGUCCUUUCAGAAGCUGGAGUCUUCGGGAAAUUCCAGAUCUUGUCCCUUAUGAUCCUCUGUCUCCCCAGAUUCAUCCUUCCCCUCCACUUCUUACUGCACAUCUUCAUCUCUGCUGUGCCACCUCAUCACUGCACCUUGCCCAACCCUGGCAACCUCAGCCAGGAAGACCUUCUACUUCUCAACAUCCCUCAAGAACAUGGCAGCUCCUUCAGCUCCUGUGAAAUGUUCUCUGAGCCCCAGCUUCUCCAGAACAGAUCCCAAGGGGUGAACCGGUCCUGGGUGCAGAGCUGUGAUCAUGGCUGGGCCUACGACCGCUCCACGUUCUCCUCCACUACUGUCACACAGUGGGAUCUGGUGUGUGACAGGAAGUGGAUGAACCAGAUGGCGGCCACCUUCUUCUUCAUCGGCCUCACAAUCGGAUCCCUUAUAUGUGGGUUCCUUUCAGACAGGUUUGGUCGGAGGAAGAUUCUACUGUUUUCCCUCCUGGUGAGCGCAGUGUUUGGAGUGAUGUCUGCCCUCUCCACCUCAUAUAUCAUGUUCUCCAUCUGUCGGCUGAUCUGCGGUGUUGGCCUCAUGGGGAUGACGAUGAUCUCCAUCUCCUUGGCCCUGGAGUGGACGGACGUUUCACAUCGUACCUUCGUUGGCACCAUCAGUAGCCUAUCAUGGACGGCUGGGUACAUGGUCCUCGCCUUGCUGGCAUACCUCAUUAGAGACUGGCGCUGGCUCAUGCUGGCCACCACCUCCCCGUGUCUGCUUGCUAUUGCCACCUGGUGGUGGGUCCCAGAGUCAGCUCGAUGGCUCCUCACCAAACAGGACUUCACUGCAGCUCAUCGACACCUGUCCAGGUGUGCAGAGAUGAAUGGAAAGCCGGGAUUCAUCCAGAUUUCACCAGAGGUCCUACAGAAGACAGUCUCGGUGGAGAGCAGGAAGUAUAAUUUGUGGGAUCUCGUGCGGACGCGUCAGCUCAGGAAGAACACCCUGUGUCUGGGGAUCAUGUGGUUCGGAGUCGCCUUCAGUUAUUAUGGCAUCAGCUUCCAGGUCACCGGCUUCAGCCUCAGCCCCUUCCUCACUCACUUCAUCUUUGGUGCCAUCGAGAUUCCAGCAAAGCUAGGACUCUACCUCCUACUGGACCGCAUUGGGCGCAAACAGUGCCAAGGGGGUUCCCUGAUUAUCACAGGCGUCUGUAUAGGACUCACGUGCCUCAUACCUCCAGAUCAGAAAGUGGAAAUCCUGAUUGGCCAGUUACAGGGAGUUGCACUCCGAGAAGUUAAGUCCUGGCCCCAACUAGAGCGAAAAACAGAUCCUAGACCGACUCAGUACUACCUUUGA